CUUUAACUUUGAUUUGUGUAGAAAUUUAUCAUGAAAUUGGAUUUGGGAGAUGACAGAGAAAAAAGGAAGGCCUUGAAGAUAGUGGCUGCUCUUCCAGGGAUUGAUGAAAUUACGAUAGAUAUGAAAGGUAAGACGUUAACGAUAAUAGGGACGGUUGAUCCGGUGAGCGUAGUGAGCAAAUUGCGCAAGUUUUGGGCAGUAGAAAUGAUGUUAGUAGGACCAAAAGAGGAACCAAAGAAAGAAGAGCCUAAAAAAGAAGGAGAAAAAGAAGACAAGAAAGAAGAAACAAAAAAGGAAGAAGAAGAGAAGAAGCCAAUGGUACCAAUAGGUAUGGUAAUGCCAUAUAGAGAUUAUUAUCAUCCUCCUCCUAUGCACACAUAUUACCAAGUCCAUCAUCAUAGCAUUGAAGAGAAUCCUAAUGCAUGUGUCAUUUGCUAAAAAGAAAAAUUAUGAAUCGAAG